AGCUAAAACAAACAAUCCUAGAGCAGCUAACCAAGUUGCCUACUGAAACUUCAUACACUCGCUGUUGUGUCUAAAGUUAGCAGGCUUUUAUAUAACACUCAAUGUUGAAGGAACCACCAAGGACAGUAUAAUUAUUCGAGUACUCUAAAAUCCAGCAAAUAUACGGAGCAGACGAUUUUUAUUCGCAUAUAUAGCCUGGCUUUGUACGAAGAUUAAUUGGAAGGUUUUGUAGGUGCAAAGAAAAGCAACAAACACCAUGAAUUCGAUCACGGUAUUGUCGAUAUUGAUGUUACAGCUGGCAGUGAAAGGUGCAUUUUCUGUAAGUUUAACCAUCACCCCAGGAUUUUCCACUGUAGAACCAGUGACAACAGAUGUACCACAAACAGUUCGACCAAUUACUCCUCCCCCUCCACCCUCUCCACCACCGGCACCUCCGGCUUCUCUUUUCACAUCUGUAAACGGCUCAACUGUUGCGCCACCAACGAGUAUGACGCCUGUCAGAACAACGAUCAUUGCGCCGACAAUAACUAUCACUAGCCUGGUUCCAAAUUCACCAAGUUCUGCGGCUCCAUCAGUUUCCACGGUUACUAAACCCUCUCCAGUUGCUACAACCCCAGGAGAUGGUGAUGAAUGUAAGAAAGGAAAUGACUGCGAGCAAGUUUGUGUGAAUACGCCUGACGGUCAUGAAUGUCAAUGCUUGGAAGGAUACAUGCUGUGGAGGGACAAGACCAGCUGCCAAGAUAUUGAUGAGUGUAAUUCAAUCUAUAAUGAUUGCCCGGUGAACACAAAAUGUGUUAAUUCUGUCGGUACAUACACUUGCGAAUGCAUUGAGGGGUAUAAAAAGAACAAUGACGGGGACUGUGUCGAUGUUGAUGAAUGUUCAGAAGUAUCUAGACCAUGUCCUUCAAAUUCUGUUUGUGAAAAUACUGAGGGUUCCUACAUCUGUAAUUGCGAUGAUGGUUAUUUUCAGAAUGGUGGCAGUUGUACAGAUAUUGAUUAUUGUGAGAUGGGAAACGACUGUGAGCAAAUAUGUAGAGAUGGCACGUCAUCCUUCACAUGUGACUGUUACGCAGGAUAUACACUCAAUUCUGACGGCAAGACUUGUAAAGAUGAUGGAGAAGACUGUUCACUCACAUGCAUUAAUGGGUAUUGCGUAGCUGGACGCUUUGGAGACAGCUGCAGGUGUUCACCUGGCUAUGAAAUGAAGGAUGAUAACGGUACCAUUUCGUGUGUAGACAUCAAUGAAUGUAUUCCUACCACGCUACCAGAAAUUCCUUUCAGAAAAUGUAAAAGUUUAUGUGAAAAUUUUGAUGGAUCUUAUAAAUGCAGUUGUUUCAAUGGACAAAUCCAAGCGCCAGAUGAACGUACAUGUAUUGAUAUCGACGAAUGCGCAGACGACGCGUUGAAUGACUGCGCACCCCCAUCGGAAGGCGGUAAUUGUACUAAUCUUGAAGGCGUGCGGAAAUACACAUGCUCUUGUAUGCAAAAUUACCAAGGCAACGGUAGAACAUGUGAAGUCAUGGAUACAUGUUCGAAAAUUCCAUGUGAAGGGGAGAACUUUAUCUGUGAGAAUUAUCCUGGUGGCCGUAGGUGUCUCUGUGAGCCAGGUUUCUAUAUAUCUGAAGAUGGCAUUGCCUGCAAAAAAGCUGAAAAAACAUAUGCCACAGUUCUUGUAAUGAAAGGUCCACAGGAUAUAUUCACGUACGAUUUAGAAGAUAAGGCAAGCGAUGCUUACUUAGAGUUGGCUUCUGAAACUGAACAAAGUUUGGAUUAUGAAUUCAAGAAGAAGUAUGGGAGUGCUUUUCUAAAGUGUACAGUGGAAUCAUUUGAAUCUGGCAGUAUUGUAGCAAACGUAGCAACAUAUUUUAAUUCUGAGUUUAAAGGCGAUGUAGCUGAUGUCAACAAAUUUUUACAGGAUGAAGCCAUUUAUUGUAACAAAAACAUCUGUUGUAUUGGAACCAUCUGUAACAUUGAUACUUCUAAAUCAGUCGUCGAAGGUAAAACAACAUUUUUUUUUAAUUUUUUUUUUAAAUUCUGUUUGGGAUGAUGUGACGUUUAAUGU